CGGUUGCUUCUUAUUUCAGCGAGAAAUUUAAUCCCAGUUCUGGGGGACGUACUUUUCGAGCGUUUGCAUAAUCUGCUCAUAUGUGAUGCCAAUGCUCCGAUCAGGUGGGACAGGGAACUUCGACUGCCGGUGAUCAUGCAGCCCAAGAGAAUGAUACUUCUACCGCCCUGGAGAGAUAUCGUUGAGAUUAUGUCUGGCAUAGUGAAAAACAUCUCAGGGCUUAAGUCUCAACUAAUUGCGAACCUGUUAAAAGAUGAAGAUUUUGACAAGGCAUUUGUUAUGGCACAUAUUGAGUAUCCAUGUCCGGAAGUGCUUGCCUUCUUAGAGGCUUACUCAAUGGAAAAAAGUGACCAAGAAAGAGUUGAGUAUCUCAGGAGAGACAUUGGGACGCGUUUUGCAACGCUAAACAGACACCAUUUACUUUGUGAGGUGAUAAUUGUUAUAUUCCAUUUGGGAAUGUUGAGCAUCAUAUUGGGGUACUGGAGUAGUCCAUGGCUUUGCAGCAAGUUGUGUGAAGCGAUUAAUAGAGAUGAUGCAGCCAGUUAUUAAUGUUGAUGUUCCACCCUCUAUCGAGGGCCUUAAAGAAGCAUUGGCGACUAGGUUUUGAGGUGAACAACUUCGGCGUAUGUGUGAACGUAUAGAUCGUGAUAAUUAAGGGGUGAGAAUCCUACCUUUCGAUCUCGCACAUAAGAUGAAAUUGUUCGACAUUGAUUGACUACGUAAAUAUAUGAUAGUGUUUAAUCAUGAUGCAUAAAUAGCAUAUUUAUAUGUUGAAAGUACUUGUAUAUAAUUUUGUUUGUACAAAUUAUUAGAAACAACUUAUGAGUUGUACAAAGAAUCAAUUUGGUUUUGGCUUAUUCUUCUUUUUAGAUGUUUUUUAUUCUGCACCAGUGGGUGGGAGCUGGUAUUGUUACUGCGUUACCGUGGUUAGUUAUAGGGUAUACUUGUAUAGUUCUCUCACUUUCAUUAGAUUUUGAUGGAUGGCUAUUUGAUUAAUUCUAGCUGAUUUUUAGAUGUGCA